AACGUCUUUAGAUAUUUAUUGGAACACAUUUAUUAACUGCGAGCGAGUGUUGUAUCGCUUUCCUCGACCUCAGCCCGACUACACAUCUGAAGAUUAGAUUAUGGGGUGGCAUGGCGGAGCUAGAUCCGCGUCCAUCGGUGAUGAGGCGCCUCUGUCGAGUGGCGCAUUUGGCUGCAGUACUUCCAAGCCACCAUUCCCCUCGUCGGAGACCGAAAGCAGAUCCCCCGUCCGUGGUCAGCUGGUCGCCUACAGCUGCCUGUCCGUCCACGUCCAUUCGCUUCCUCCUUCCGUGUAUCCUCCCCACCCUCCGUUCCGACAGAAAAUCCUCCAUUGCCGAGCGGACCGAGCGAGAAAAUGGUCGCUCCUGCUCGUCCACGAUACUUUAGUUGUGGGAUAAGGACAGCACUAAUACGCCAAAUUCCGCCUGGCAGAAUUUGCUCGAUGGAGACUCCUGUUGUCGUAGCUAGUUGUGCUAGUUGAAGCCCUCCGCAGUGUUAUUUGAGAUUUGAAGCCGUCACAAGCAAUAGCCUAUGUCUCACCAUGUAGCGUAAACGUUUAAGGGGCGGUGUAAUGAACAUAAACCAUUAUUGUCGAGGCAGAUUUAAAUGCCACGGCUUGAAAACGAGACUUUUAUAUCACAAACAAAAACACUUUUUUUUGUUUCCACAACCCAACGGCGAUCGUAUUAAAGACAGAACACCCACCAAUGAAUGGAGAAAUGGAGGCCACGACCCAAGUCCAAGUGUGGGCACAGGAUGACCUAUUAAAACUGCUGGAGGCCAUGAAAGUGGCCCUUCCUCAGAAAGACCUGACUAAAUACAAGACCUCAGAGUCCCACCUCGACUGGCAGAAGGUGGCUUUCAAUUCGUACACAGCAGAGAUGUGUAAGCAGAAGUGGCAGGAGGUCUCUAAAGAGAUUCGUAAAUUCAGGACCCUGACAGAGCUAAUAGUUGAUGCCCAAGACUACAUAAAAAACCCCUACAAGGGCAAGAAAAUAAAGAAACACCCAGAUUUCCCCAAGAAGCCCCUGACUCCGUACUUCCGCUUCUUCAUGGAAAAGAGGGCCAAAUACGCAAAGUUGCACCCUGAGAUGAGCAACUUAGACCUCACUAAAAUCCUCUCCAAGAAGUACAGGGAGCUGCCUGACAAGAAGAAGAAAAAAUAUGUUGACGACUUCUUAAGAGACAAAGAGUUAUUUGUGCAAAGCAUGAUGAAGUUCAGGGAAGAACACCCGGACCUUAUGGAGAGCAUGACCAAGAAGGAUUCAAACGUACCAGAGAAGCCCAAGACGCCCCAGCAGCUGUGGUACAACCAUGAAAAGAAAGCCUUCCUAAAGACACGCCCAGAUGCGACGACCAAAGACAUCAAGGACAGUCUUGGAAAACAGUGGACUCAGCUGUCUGACAAAAAAAGACUCAAAUGGAUCACCAAGUCCCUGGAGCAGAGGAAGCUGUACGAGGGGGCGAUGCGGGAGUACAUCCAGCAGCACCCGGAGUUAAACAUGACCCAAGACGAUAUCAUAAAGUCCACGCUGACCAAGGCUGAGAGGCACCUGAAGGAUAAGUCUGACGGCCGACCGGACAAACCACCUCCAAACGGCUACUCAAUGUUCUGCGCGGAGCUGAUGUCGAACAUGAAGGACGUACCCAGCACGGAGCGUAUGGUGAUGUGCAGCCAGCGGUGGAAACUGCUGAAACAGAACGAGAAGGACAGCUACCAGAAACGCUGUGAGCAGAGAAAGAAGGAGUAUGAGAUCGAGAUGAACAGAUUUCUCAGUACUUUGUCAGAGGAGGAGCAGCAGCGGGUCUUGUCUGAGGAGAAGAUCGGCUUCAAGAGGGGCAGCGGAGCCAGUAGUCCUGCCUCCAAAAAGAAGAACUCUAAAACAAAGGCCAAUCCGGAGAAACCCAAAAGGCCAAUUUCAGCCAUGUUCAUCUUCUCUGAGGAGAAGCGUCCAAAGCUGCAGCAGGAGCGUCCGGAUCUUUCAGACAGCGAGCUCACGCGACUCCUGGCCCGCAUGUGGAAUGAGCUGCCAGAUAAGAAGAAGGAGAAGUAUAAACGACUAGAAACAGUCCUGAAGGCAGAGUCGGAGAAGAAGGAGAAGGAGGAUCGUAGCCGCCUGCCGGACCCACCGAAGAAUGCGCAGGACAUCUGGCAGCAGAGUGUCAUCGGAGACUACCUGGCCAGAUUUAAGAGUGACCGGCAAAAGGCACAGAAAGCAAUGGAGGCGGCCUGGGGCACCAUGGAGAAAAAAGAGAAAAUUAUGUGGAUUAAAAAGGCAGCAGAGGAUCAGAAAAGAUACGAGAGGGACCUGUGUGAGAUGCGCUCGCCUGCUGCUGCCAUCGCCUCAGGGAAGAAGAUGAAGUUUGAGGGUGAACCCAAGAAACCACCGUCAAACGGAUAUCAAAAGUUCUCUCAGGAGAUGCUGUCCAACGGAGAGCUGAAUCACCUCCCGAUGAAAGAGCGGAUGGCUGAGAUCGGCAGCCGCUGGCAGAGGUUACCGCUGAAGGAGAAGGACCGAUACAAGAAGAUCGCCGAGGAGAAGCAGAGACAGUACAAAGUUCAACUGGAACAGUGGCUCGCCAGCUUGUCCUCACAAGAGAGAAAUGCUUACAAAGAAUAUAAUUCACAAAAAAGGAGAAGUACAGCAAAACCAGGAGGCCCCAAGGCAAAGUCCAAGAAAUCUGACACGGAGGAGGAGGAUGACGAAGAGGAUGAAGACGAUGACGAGCAGGAGAAGGCUUCCUCUGAGGCAGACUCGUCCAGCGACGAUGAUGAUGACGAUGACGACGACGAUGACGACGACGAUAAGGAGGACGAUGAGGACGAUGACGACGACGAGGCGGAAGACAAGGAGAACAAGUCGGAGGACAGCAGCAGCGAAUCGAACUCACAGGGGUCGUCCGACUCCGACUCAGACUGAAACGGGCUCGUCGUCGCCGUGAGAUGAACUGAGCAGCGCUGAGCUGAGCCAAGACUCAAGGGAGCUCUGCCACUGUGCCAACCCUGCUCUCCUCCCACCACCAGGGGGAGCCUCUGCAUUGCCUCAUCCACUACACGCUCACCCCAUUUUGUGUUGCUGCGUUGGUUGUUGAUCUUCUCAUGGAGGGACCCCGCCCUUAUGUCCAAAAUCAGUUUCAUUCCCUCCCCGGCGUGAUGGUCAACUGACAGCACGGGCCGCUGACGUUAUGCCAAAAAAAAAAAAAAAAAACAGCAUCCCACUGGUUUGGUGAUGUCAUGAACAUUAAUGUCACUGGUUUCAAUCUUGACUUACAGGUUCAGUGGUUCAAGGUUAGAGUUUUAAUGUCGAGGGUGAUUAAUAACUCUCCAGUGUUUAUUUUAUGAUUCUGGUCAUUAGUUGAAGAGACAGGUGGCUUCAUAGAGCCAAAGAACAUAAUGUGGUGGAUGACUUUAGGGAGGGGGGUGGGUUGUGUGCAGGGUACUGAAAUAUUGCACUCUUCAGAAUGUUUCCAUUAUUUUUAUUUUUUUUUUUCCAGAACAUUGUCGCUUUGUUCUCUAUUCUCAAUUUCUGAUGUAGAUUUUAUCAUUUGGUUCUUACAGAGGUGGUAUUUUUUCAGGAAAAAAAAAAAGAAGCCAUUAUGAAUGUCUUUUUGUUGCUGGAAAUUUUCAGAACUUGUUACUCACUCAUGUUCUCAUUCAGAUAGAUAACAGUGCCUGCAUAAAGUGUUCAUCCCCUCUUGGA